AUGUCGGCCGACCAGACGCCGCGGCACCACCUCGAUAAAGAGAAGCUCAAACAAAAAUUCGAGCUCUCCAAUUUCGACAUCAAUCCCAUCAUCCGGGGCGUGCAGUUGACCCUCGUUGGAGCUCACCGUGCACUCCAAAACCCGGGGAUUUUCACCUCGGAGCAUUACAAGCAAGCCGCCAUAGCGGUUGCUGCGGGCAUCGCGAUUCGCUUACUUAUCGCGGUCCCGAUCAUCGGCAUCAAAAUUUUGCUAUGGUUUCUUUCCGUAAUAUUCCCCCUUGACCGAGUGUCUUGGGAUGACUCCCUCGUCAGCGGCCUCACAUUCGUUGAGAACCAUGUCUUGCAAGCACCGCUCUUCUUCAUGAGUCUGAUGCGUUACAUCACGCCAACCCUCGAUGACCUCUUCAUGUCUUCCCUUCGUUGGGUUGAUCAGACUUACGCCGAAAAGCAUAAAAACGACUCGGACCCGUCACAUCUGCGCGCCAUGUACUACCCAUCUCUCCGCCUAUACCGCCAGACUGACGGCCGAACCCAUUCGUCCAGCACCGCCGAGUCGGUCUCCUUGUUCCUGUACCGCUUCGCCCGCAAGGGUGUCCUCUCACUCACCAUCUUUGGCGCCUCUUACCUGCCUUAUAUCGGUCGUUUCGUCCUCCCCGCUGCGAGUUACUGGACCUUCAAGCAAGCCGUGGGUAUUGCACCCGCGACGGUCAUUUUUGCCACGGGUGUGGUGCUGCCAAAGCGGUAUCUAGUGGUUUUUCUGCAGAGCUACUUUGCCUCGCGGAGCUUGGUGCGGGAGUUGUUGGAACCGUACUUUGCGCGGAUUAAGUUUACGCCCGAGGAGAAAAGGAAGUGGUUCCGCAACAGGGAGGGACUGUUGUUUGGCUUCGGAAUUGGGUUUAUUGUGCUUUUGAGGGUGCCACUGCUGGGCGUGCUAAUUUAUGGAAUUGCCGAGGCUAGCACCGCAUACCUCAUCACCAAAAUCACUGAUCCGCCGCCGCCGCCUUCGGAGAACCAAGGGUUUUCCCAGAGCCAGAUCGAGUGGAAGAACAAGCAAAAGUUCCUCAGCCUGUCACUGGCAAAUCUGGAUGCCCUGCACGACAAGCCGCCGCCGUAUUCGGAAGUUGACCCUCAUCCUGUCACUCGUCAGCAAUGA